AUGUAUACACACACAGGCACGUAUAGACACGCACACACACAAACACACACACACACGUACAUACACACACAUACAUGUACAUAGACGCAGACACAUGUACAGAUACACACAUGUACAUGCAUACACAGACACACACACCCCUAUAAAAAGUUGCAGUACUUCGUUGUUCACUCACAGAGCCGGGUACUGCACUCUAGGGGGAGGCAGAGAGCACAGCACAUUCUCCUUCCUUUGCUUUCACUGCGCUCAGCUAUUGAGCAGUCUGACGGCUACAUUGCCAAUGACAGAUUCGGUCUGAGCCUGCUCAGCAAGACGGCCCUGGGGAACACACUCGCCCCCACCAUAAUUUCCACUCGCCAUUGGCGAGCAGGCGAGUGGAAAUAUCAAGGCCUGCUUUAAAUCAAU